CACGUUGUGGAGCAUGGAGCAAUUCGGACACGCGAUGCAGACGGUGAAGAAACUUCUUGUGUUAUGGAAAAACAGAGGGGGCCAGGGCGUACCAUGAGGAGGUGUUAGCGGGACCUGCUCCAGGUCUGACAGAGAAGAGAGAUUUCUAUUUUUAGGGAGACUGGAAUGUACACUGAGGCCUCUCGAAGGAUUUCUGAACAACAAAUAACAUACCGCGGUUGCCCCAGUCUCUAUAAACAUCCACCUGCCAAACUCAGAAAGUGACUUUCAGAAUCAGAAGUGAACUGUUUUUUUGAAAACAGAGGGACGAGUUUGAGCUCUGCUUGAGUUUUGAUGAUACAUAUUUACAGGACCAUCUAGAAUGUGCUUCAAAUCAUCUGAGACAAGCUUAGAUAGUCCAAUAUCAGAUGUCCUGCAUUUUAAAGACAAAGACCUGAUCUCAACCCUCCUCCAGGAGCUGAACACCUUGAGGAAGGACCAAAUUUUCACUGAUGUUGUUCUUUGCUCUGAGGGCAAAGACCUCCCAUGUCACCGCAAUGUUCUGGUGUCCAGCAGCCCCUACUUCUACGCUAUGUUCUGCAGCUGCUUCCUGGAGACCCAGAAGCCCCGGAUAGACCUCCAAGGUGUUCCUUAUGACAUCCUUGAGAGUAUAGUAGAGUAUGUAUACACAGGGUCCAUCAGCAUCACCAUGGAGCUGGUUCUCCCUCUGAUGCAAGCCGCCUCUAUGCUUCAGUACGGAAGGCUUUUUGAGGCCUGCUCGACCUUCUUGCAGACCCAGCUCAGUCCUGACAACUGCCUGAGCAUGAUCCGGCUCUCUGAAAUCCUCCAUUGCUCUAGCUUGCUGGAAAAAGCGAGAGAACUGGCUGUGAAGAGCUUCUCUGAUGUGGUGGUCUCCGAGGACUUCUGCGAACUCUCGCUACCUGAAUUGGUGAGCUACUUGGAGGACGACAAACUGUGCGUUGAGGAGGAGCAAGUUUUUGAGACUCUUCUAGCUUGGAUCCACCAUGACCCGUUCUCCAGACGUAGCACUAUCCACGACUUGUUCCGUCGCGUGAGGCUGAGACAUGUCCAUCCUUCCUAUCUUUUCCAGUUUAUCGCCAAUGACCCUUUAGUCCAGUCAUCUUCUUUAUGCAUAGAGAUUAUCGAAUCUGUUCGCCGCCUUCUUUUUUCUGUCGGCACUCAUUGCCCUGGCGAUCUUGAGCCCCUUUGGGCGGUGCCACGACGGAAAAACUGCAAGGAGGCGCUUGUAGUAGUGGGAGGUCGUAAGAAUGGAGAGCGGACGUCUCGUGAGGCGCUGCUCUAUGACGAGCAGACUCGCUGCUGGCAGUGUCUCGCAAAAAUCCCGCUGCGCCUUCACCGGCCCUCUUAUGUCUGCAUGCACAGCAUCCUUUAUGUGCUCGGGGGCUUAACCAUGACAGCAGGAGGGCAGUGCACAACUACCAACACUGUGUACACGCUUUCUCUGAAAACAAACCAGUGGAGAGUUGGAGAACCCAUGCUGACGCCUCGAUACGCCCAUCAGAGCUCUACCUACCUGCAUUUCAUUUUUGUUCUGGGUGGAUUGACAGCUGACGGACAGCUGUCAAAUUCGGUAGAGCGAUACGACACCAUGUUCAACCUAUGGGAGGCCAUGGCCCCCAUGCCCACUGCAGUUCUGCACCCAGCUGUAGCCGCACAUGACCAGAGAAUAUACGUGUUCGGAGGGGAAGACGCCAUGCAGAAACCAGUUCGAAUUAUCCAGGUGUACCACAUCGGAAGGAAUCUUUGGUAUAGGAUGGAAACCAGGACAGUGAAGAACGUCUGUGCACCAGCUGCUGUGAUCGAUGAUAAAAUCUACAUUGUAGGCGGCUAUACAAGAAGAAUGGUAGCAUAUGAUGUUAAAAGCAACAGAUUUGAAAAAUGUGAAAAUAUGAAGGCCAGGAAGAUGCAUCACUCUGCUGCUGUUGUGAAUGGCAAGAUCUAUGUCACGGGGGGGCGCUUCAUUAACAGUGACGAGAGUGUGGAAGACUCAGACGGCUUUGACUUCUACGACCCAAAGACAGACUCAUGGGUGUCGAUGGGAACUUUGCCAUUCAAGCUAUUUGACCAUGGCUCAGUAAAUCUGGUCUAUCUCUCUGAUAAGUUUUUGCCUACAUGACUGUAUUAAUUUGACAAUGUAGCUUAGUCAUAUCAUACAAGCUUAAAUGUGUCUGUCUCCAACUAAAAUUCUUGGAGUGCUCUAUUUGACAGAUCAUACUGAGAAAAGAGUAAAAAUGGAGACCAUAUUAAGACAGCAACGCAAUGAGACACAUUUUUCGAAGCUCUCUGUCUGUGUUUGCACGUGUUGCCUUUUGAAUGUGUGAGGUUAUUAGUAAAAUAACUAUUAAAAGUUAUAAAAAAAUAUCUGAAAUAGCUGGAAGAUAUUUCAAAUUAAGCUCAGGCCAUAUAGCAGAUGGAAGUAUGAUACUUUUUCAGCUUUUAUUUUCAAGUUUCUUUUAGAUCACCUGUUAAAUGAACAAUUAAAUCAUAUUAGUGUUUACUAAAGAAUACACAUUGCCUUUGAACUUGAA